ACCUACGCAAUACUUGGCUUCGUACUCGUCUGCUUGCUGCUGGUUGCCGUGGUCCUCAGCAUAACCUGCAACAAGAACUCGGAAGUGCUCCAACGAGGCCUAGAGCAUCGGGAGCGCUGCUUGCCCCAUGAUGUAGAAACCCGCGCUGCGCAACCAGACAAGAAAGGUGGGACAGAAGAGAUUUACUACGCACGUGCGCCUCUGUAUCCCUUGAACGUCAAUGUGCACUCGCGGAACAUUGUUGGGGUCGGCUUGGCUCUUUACUACAACCACUUGGUUUUUGUGGCAGCCAUCGCAUUCAUUGGCUGGGCGCUUCUUCGAUUUUCCGAGGGUCUCUUUGGCAUGCAGCACUGGGACACUCUGCAGUGCGGAUACGGUGGAAGUGAACAAUCGGAGUCUGCAGUUGCUGGCUACGCCAAGCGUCGAGCUUUGAUCGCACUUUUCCUUUGGCUUGCCAUCCUGCCAGCAUCGAUCAUCUUCGCACGCUGGCAGGCUUCUGCAGCUCGGACCUACGACCGAGUCCACACGCGCAUGGAGGAUUACUGUUUCGGCUUGUCCAAUCUACCACCCGAGGCUACAAACCCUGUGGAUCUUCAAGCCUGGAUCGAACAGAGGUUCGGACGUCCAAUAGAAGGUGUCUCGAUCUGCUACGACAUCCGCGGGAAGCAAAACUGCCUAGGUUUCAACACCGGGGAGUUGAAAGAGCGCAUACGGAAGAAGCUAGAUGAGCAUCUUGAGCGGCACGAGGAGAUCUUUGUAGCGGCACUCGGCGUGCCAAGGAAUCGGCGGAGGACGCUGCGGCAUCGGAUGCUCAGCAAGUUACCAUCCGUCCAGGAGGGUGGGUCGAUGAGUCUCUUCGAUGGCGAAGUGAAGACCAAGGAAUGGAUAUCAAGCUUCCAGUGCAGUGGCGAAGCUUUCGUGGUGAUGAAGCAGGAAGCUGAUGUGGAGCUCUUCUUCACACUCUGGGAUCAGCCUCGUGGCUUACAACGCACCGGGUCCUUUUUCUCUUUCCACGACGGCAGCCCAUCGCUCGAGAAUGCCAAGAAGUCGCGGCGUCGAGAUCGUUCCUACCUUGGCCAGGAGCUCGAGAUUCGCGAGGUCACAUCAGAGCCGACUUCCAUUAUUUGGGAGCACAUGGGUACUUCCCAUGGCCAGUUAGCUGCUCGCAUUUGCUGUGCUUGCAUCGGGUUCCUUUCCGCAAUCGCCAUUUUCUACUUCGUUCUGUACAUUCCGCUUACGAGCUCCGUCGUGAGAUAUGCGAGAAAGUCUGGCAAGCCACCCUCGCCCUAUCAGACCGCGGGCCUGGGCAUUGUGGUGGGUGCCGGCAACAACUUGAUUGCCAACCUGCUUUGGUUAGGUGUUCCUUGCCUGGGCUUCAAGAGGAAGGAUCAGGCAGACAUCGUCACCUUUGCCGCCCGGACACUUCUGGUGCUGCUGAACACGUUCAUCUCAGUGCUGCUGACUGCUCGGAAGCUCGCCGCCACUGGCCAGCCUGAGAAGAACAUGUUCAGCACCGCGGGCAGCACUCUGGCACGAUCUGCUGAGCUUUCUCGCGAAGCCUCGCUGGCAGAUGCCGUGCUGAAGAUGUUUCUGACUGGAACCUUCUCGUCGUGCAUCUUCUCCUUCUGCUUCGUUCCCCUUACCCUUUGGCAGGGGAUCUUCUUGAUCCGCACGGGGCUCCAGGGCUCCAACCUCAAGGGCCGCGACUGCGAGCGAGCGCUUCAGCCAGACGAGAUCUGGCUUCCAUGGGAUUACGCGAGCCACAUACAGCUGACUUGCUGCGCCUUCUUCCCACUGGUCUUGGCCGAGCCUCCCGGCUCUUGCGCCUCCCGCGUCCUCUGCGCGGCGCUGGUGGUUUGGUGUGCCCUGGACUGUGUCGUGAUGUACUGUGCGCAGCGCAUCAUCCACUUCAGGGCCUCCAAAGAGACCUUCUUCACAACUCCGCGCCUGGACAAGGCGGUCCUGGCAGGUUGGGCCCUGCCUGUCAGCCAGCUUGCCGUCACAUCUGCGGGCUGGGCAUGCAGAGCUGCCAGAUUUGAGCUUGUAGCUUCUGUGCCCAUCUGCAUCACCACCUUCCUGGCCAGCUGUGGGCUUUACUUGGUCCUCCUCUCGAAGGCCCUAGACCACCACCAGAGCAUCCGGUAUCUGUACGCCACAAAGAGCGAGUCCUACAAAUCGGCCUCGGCCAGACUGCGCUACAGUUACUUCAACACCAAUCCCAUCCAUGUGCUCAUGGCGCAGCACCUGCCAGACAUGGGCCUCAGCGAAGCCACCUGGUAUGAG